GGAAGGUUUCAUAGUCCACUAUUCACAACUGAGUAUACGUUUGUUUGUAGGCAGGCAUUCUCUAAGAUAUUUUCAUGGAUUUCAUAUCAAAUCUUGGUCCUGGUGCCCUGAUCAGGUCUGUCUCAAAUGUGAGCUCUGAAAUUACACGUAGAGUGAAAACGGCCUCAGCACCACCUCAGAGGCCUUUCCGAAUCUGUAGCCAUGAUCGAAGUGUACGUAAAGGACUCACGGCUGGAACCCUGAGGGAGCUCAUUGCAAAGGCAAUGGAUGCUCUUUUCCUAUCGGGUAUUGUGUCUUUAGUACUAGAGGAUGAUGGGACAAUACUCGAUACCGAGGAUUUUUUUGACACCAUUGAAGAUGGUUCAGUGAUCAUGGUCUUGGAGAAGGGACAAAAAUGGACCCCCAAAAAGGGGGUCUUAGCUUACUCACUACAACAGGAAAAGCCCAAAAAUAGUAGAGACAUUGCUCGAAUCACCUUCGAUAUAUACAAGCUCAACCCACGUGAUCUUUUUGGCAGUCUGAAUAUAAAAGCUACAUUCUAUGGGUUAUACUCAAUGAGCUGUGACUUCCAGUGUUUGGGCCCAAAGAAAGUGCUCAGGGAAUUUAUAAAGUUAUUGUCUACAGCUCUGAAUGGCUUGGGGCGCGUACUGCUUUCAGCCUCUGGAGUUUUAAGACGUCUACUGGAGGGAGCAGAAUAUUGGCACCAAAACCGAAUUUGCGAAUAUGAGGGCUGACUAUAUUUUAUGACUUUUUUUUAACAAUCGUAUUGACCUUUCUCCUUCCAUGGCGAACGAUCUGUUCAAUUAAUUUAAAGAGUGUUUUUAACAUUUAAAUUCUUCUACAAAAGGGAAAUCGUAAUGAAGGAAAAAUAGUCAACAGUACGGCUCUAAAGCAAAGGUGACAAACCAGUGAAAAUUUUUAUUACCCUAUACAAGUAUUAGUUCUGCUGAAUGAACAGGUUUACAAAUAUAUAAAUACAUUUGGUUUGGAUUUUUUUUUUUUUUUUUUAAAUCUUCAUAUUUAUAGGAUGAAGUGGAACUGGCUAUUAAAGAAAAUAUAUUCAAGCACAAAAUUAUACUUUACUUGCAAUAAAUCCAAACCUAUCUGUAUGUCAUGUUUCAUUUGUCCUUUUCCCUUAUAAAUGAUAGCUUACUGGCUAAGUUUUUAAACCUGUUUCAGAUUGUUUGUAUCUUU